AAAAAAAAAAAGCAUUUUUCUAAUUUCGAUGGUUUCACUGAGGUUUCCAUUCUUGUUUUCUCAACCCACAAAUCACCAAUACACCACCAACCCAACACAUGGAACUUCCCGCCCUAUCUCCGUCGCCGUCGCCGUUGCUACCGCCUCCGCCACUGCCGCAGUGGCUGGCAUCGCCGCCUACCGAAACCAUAAACACCCAUUUGUCGAGAACGCCCUGAAUUUUCUCUUUGCCAAUCCUUCCUCCUCCCACCUCUGGGCUUCUCUCUCUUUUGCUGACAGUUCUUCAGCUACAGUUGUUGACUCCAAAACCGGCGUCUCGUUUCCUUCCGAACUCGGCGGUUCUCGGAAACUUCUCGGAAUCGGGUUGAGGAAAAAAAGAAUCUUGGGAUUGAAGAACAUUGAUGUCUAUGCAUUUGGUGUAUAUGCUGAUCAUGGUGAUGUGAAGAAAUUGCUGAGGGAGAAAUAUGGGAAUUUAUCCAUUUCUGAACUGAAGGAAAACAAGGAGUUUAAUGAUGAUAUUUUGGAAGCUGAUAUAAGCAUGACUGUUAGACUUCAAAUUAUUUACAGUAAAUUAAGCAUAGGUUCUGUUCGAAGUGCUUUUGAAGAGUCUGUUGGAAGCAGACUCCAGAAGUUUGGGGGAUCGGAUAAUAAAGAAUUGCUUCAAAGGUUCACUUCUCAGUUUAAAGAUGAAUACAAAAUACCACGGGGAUCUGUCAUAGAUCUUUCAAAGGAACCAGGCCAUGUACUUCGGACAACAAUUGAUGGUAAGGAGGUGGGAAGUAUCCAGAGCAAACUCUUGUGUCGCUCAAUAAUGGAUCUGUAUUUCGGGGAGGAUCCAUUUGAUAAGAAAGCCAAAGAGGACAUUGAGCUCAAUCUUGCAUCUCUCGUUCAGAAGUAAAUAAGUAAUCUUUUUCUUUUUUAAAUCUUCUCAUCUUUUAACUGUACGGUUUAGAACUUGUAUCUCUUGACUUUGAGUAAUUGCUUUUAUAAUAUAGUAUAUCGCAAUACAUACGUCAGAUAACAUCAAUUAUAGUAUCCUACAUCAAUGAAGGACCACAAGUGCUUACAAAAUAUUCAUUGAAAGAAACUUUUCAAU